ACACUUAUGUUUUUGUACUUGUUUGUUACUUGUUUUUUAAUCAAUAGCAUCAUAGUUACCUCGAGUCGAAUAGCAUUUCAGUGUUCGUCCGACUUUGGCAUCGAAGACUUACUUCUGGUUCAACAAAGUGUUUGAAAACAAAAACAGCCAUUAUGCAUUUAAAAUGUGCUGUUAUUCUCUUCGCGUUGUACUUCGUGACCGCGACACAGAGCAUGGGACUCAAUAAAGAUCAAGUCAAAAAAAUUGUUAAAAUAUUCAAAACGUUCAGAAACGGUACAGACUUGAGCACUUCAGCACUAUGCAGGGAAUAUAAUUUAGUUUUUGAACACAAAAGAGGUAGGAGUCCCGCUCGAAAAGUACAAGACCUUUUGGUAUUUCUGGCCAGUAACGAUAAGAUUAAUGACAACCCGAAGAUUCAAAGUUUAUCGUCAUACGAAGUAAAAAUUUUCGUGGGCUUGUUUAACAAAUACGACCAAUGGUUCGACCAUAGCGGACUACUUGACCACGACGAAGUAAAAAAAGUUGUUAACGCUUUAAAUCUAGAAGAUGACGUCGAAAAAAAUUUAGUAGACGAAAUAAAAUACAUAUUUAAUGCCUCAAUCAGAGAUUCAGUUGACUCGAUUCUAUUAAUAUCGAGUGAAACAAUUAACGCCCCGAAAUUCUUGGAGGCCUUUUUGGAAGUAAAACCAAAAGGCAAAGGUCUGGACAAAAAACUAAUUCUGGAACUCAUCAAUUUAUAUAAGGGUCACAAAAUAGCUGGCGAUUACAUUGACCCUGUUGAAAUAGCAAAAUUCUUCAAAAACUUAUCUAUAGUUAAACAAGAACACGAAGGCCUUUUGGUUUUUGAUUCCAUACGAACCGCUCCUUUUCAAUUGAAAGAGCUGUUGCUUGUUUCAGCAGAAUACAACAAAGAGGCCAACGAAGAAAAUGGACCCGUAUAUUCAACCGAUUCAGUUAGAGAUGUUUUAUGGAGUUUCUCUAAAUAUGACGUCAACCAAAACGGUUUAAUCGAUAAGGAAGAACUAAAAGGAAUUGAAGAACGUCACUACCAGGACGAAGACGUUGACUCUAUCUUUGAAGACUUCGAUAUCGAUAGAGACCAACAUUUGAACAUUGCAGAGUACUGUAGGAUGGAAUUUACGCAGUAUGAGCGAAUGAACGCUGAAAAGGCAGAGCACGAGUUAAUAGAUGCUGAAAUAGCGGAUCGUGAAGAUACAACGCUGAAAAGGAGGACAGCAGUGACAGAACCCUGAAAAAAAUUAAGUGUUUUUUUCUGAAUUAAAUAAUAUAAUAAUUGUUAUGCAUUUGAAUAUAUUUUGGGAGUGGUUUAAUUAUGGGUAAUAAGUUUUAAA